UGUAUUUUUUACAGCGCGGUUUAAUUCACUGACGCAGAGAGGGCGUCCUGGCUGAGCUGCGCGGUGUGGCACACUUUGUAUGCAGCGUUAUAACAGCCGUUGCAGUGACUGCACCAACAGAGAAAAACCCGUGUUGUGUGGUCCACCUCAAGAAGGGGGAGUAUCACCUCUGCUGACUCGACUGAAACUGCACUAUCGCCUAAAACGAGGGAAGAUAAUCUUCACAGAGCCAGCGCCCUCAAAAAAAAAAGAGCCUGUUAACUGUAACAUGAGCUAGCAGCAGGCUAAAGGACCGUAGCUACCUUUUUUUUUUUGGACAUUUUUCAAGGCUUUAUUGAUAGUGAGACAGAUAGAAAGGGGGUGACAGAGGGGAGGACACGCGGCCAAGGGAGCUCAGGCUGGAUUCGAACCCGGCUCCACCGCAGCGAGGACUGUAGCCUCUGCACGCGGGGCGCCUGUGUAACCCACUACACUACGGACCACCCCCAGGACCGUAGCUACCUAACGGCUGAGUUAGCCGAGUUCGCUACGUUAAGAACUUUGUUGUCGUCAUCAACUCCGGAUAUCAGCUGUUGUUUUUAACCCGGUGGUUCUGGUCAAAGUACCACAGUAGAUGUAGUAACUUGUAGUAACUCGGUGUGGUAGAUAAAGCGCGGGGCAUAAUGCAUUCAGUAGUUGCAAAAGUUAGGUAACAUCUAGCUAGCUAGCCUGCAAGCCAUGCUAGUUCUGGUUAACGUGACUCACUGGCUGUGGAUGAAUGUAUCGUAUCGCAUCAUCGGGUGUUGUCUGGCUGGAUUUCGCCCCUUUAGCGAAGCGCUACUGAUGACGCGUUUAUGACCAGAGAAAAAGGACUUUUUGUUGUCUUUCGUCACGUCUGGGACAAAGAAACCUUUGGCUUUUAUUUGACAAGAAUACUUGGAUUUUAUUGAUAUGAUGGGGUCUCUGAAAGCUCUCCAGGAGUGGUGUCGGAUACAGUGUGAACAUUACAACGAUGUGGAAGUAAAGGACAUGUCCACGUCCUUUCGGGACGGUUUGGCGUUUUGUGCCAUAAUACAUCGUUACAGACCGGAGCUGAUAGACUUUGGAUCACUGUCGAAAGAGAAUGUCUACGAGAACAACCGACUGGCGUUUGAAGUGGCAGAGACACAGCUGGGGAUUCCAGCCCUGUUGGACCCAGAGGACAUGGUGUCCAUGAAAGUGCCUGACCGGCUCAGCAUCAUUACAUACGUCUCCCAGUACUACAACUUCUUCAACAACAAGUCUCAAGCAAACCCCCCCUGCAUGAAGAGGCUGAGUUCUGUCGGUCUCAAUGAGCCAGCCCAGAAAAGGCCCCCGACCCCUUUGGAAGACAAAGUGGUUGAGUCUGAGCCGAGCCAGGCGGCGCAGACGGGUGUAGAAGCGGGUGCAGCGGCCAGGCGCAGCACGCUCAGCAGCACCUGCGCCCUCUGCCAGAAACACGUCCACCUGGUGCAGAGGUUUCUGGUGGACGGCAAGCUCUACCAUCGCAACUGCUUCAGGUGCACAGAGUGUCACAGCACUUUGCUUCCUGGAUCCUACAAACUAGGAAGUGACUCUGGGGCCUUGGUCUGCACGCAUCACCUCGCAAGGCAUGCUUUAGCCAAUCAGAACGGCCGGCCAGAUCUCUGUAAGAAACCAGUGAUAGCUCAGUCUGCCAGGAUCGGCCGAAGCACAACUCCUCACAGCUCGCCCUCUGAGAGGGAGCGGGCAAACACUCCUUCUCCUGUACGCCAAACAAACGAUACUGACACGCCUUCCAGUGACUCCGCCACAGUCGCUGCUGUUACAAUAAACUCAGUCGACUCUGUGGAGGAAAGAGCCGAGGAGACGGAGGAGGCGCCGCGUUCUUCUUCUCCUCCCAACCCUUUCGACGAGAGCGACGAAGAGGAGGAAGAAGUGGAGAAAGAGGAGGAUACACCAGCCAAACUAACGACCAAUGGGGACCUCCCUUCUACACCUGUCAGUCAAGAAGGUGCCAGUCGGCCAGUACCGGCCCCCCGGCGGGUCUCUGAGCCCACCCCUCCUCCUCGUCCCGCACCUCGGGUUCGGCUAACCCGACCGACAGACGACCUUACAGUCGGUGAACGCCGGAAGCCUCCGACUCCUCCCAAACCUCGAGAAAGAUCACAGUCUCCUGGAAGCCUGUCCAGUGGCACCCAUAAACCCAAAGACCCACCUUGGCUCGCCCUGGUCCAAUCAGAACCCAGGAAGAAGAAAGCCCCUCCCCCUCCCCCCGCCGGCCUGGCAACCCCUCCCAACACAGGCUCUCUGUCCUCUCUCAAAGGGGAGGGCUCCAGACCCAGCACGCCCCCUCCGCCCGCCAACCCCUUCGAGGAUGACGACGAUGAUGAAAACGAAGAGGUAGAGGAAGAAGAGGCGAGCGAAGGGGGGGCUAUUCCACCCACGGUCGUGGCGAGCCACCCAUGGUACAGCAUCACUCAGGCGGCUGACGCCACAAGUGCAGACACUCCCCCGAGCGGAGGAAGCUCGUCGCGCUCCGCCAGCCCCGGGAGCGCCAAGAGCAAGAAGCGGCCGGCUCCUCGGGCGCCACAGACGCCCGCAGGCCUGCAAGUUCACUCUCAGCCCUCCUCUUGCUCUCCCUCUCCAGCUCUCAGCACAGAGAGUCUGUCCUCCGGCUCGGACCACAGCUCCUCCCACCACCCCCCUCUGGGUGGCGGUGCCAGCAGCGACCAGGAACACGCCUUCACCAAAAGCGUCUCUGAGCCUUCCAUCUGUUCGCCGUGCGACUCCGCCGCUUCUCCUUCCUCCUCCUCUUCCACAGAGCGUCUGCCCCACCCGUCUCUGAGCCCCUCCCAGUCUCCUGCACCGUCUAAUGCCAGCUCAGCUCCAGCCACCCCACAGACCAGUCGCAGCUAUGGGACCAAAGGGCCCGGAGCCCCGCCACCACGACCCGCGACCACGCCCAGCCCGUUGGCCUCAGGGGCCCCACAAGCACACAACAAGCGGAUCUGUAAGGAGAACCCGUUCAACAGGAAAGCUUCUCCCUCUCCUGCUAAAUCCAAAACCAAACCACCAAAAGGCCCUCGUCCCGCCAGACCCCCGGCCCCCGGCCACGGCUUCCCUCUUAUCAAACGCAAGGUGCAGUCAGACCAGUACAUCCCAGUAGAGGACAUUCACGGGGAGAUGGGUCAGCUGGAGAAGCAUCUGGAUGAGCUGGAGCAGAGGGGAGUGGAGCUGGAGAAGAAGCUGAGAGACAACCCCAACGAUGAGGAUGAGGAGCACCUGUUGGUGGACUGGUUCACUCUCAUCCAUGAGAAACACCUUUUAGUGCGACGUGAAGCUGAGCUGGUCUACACAGCGAAACAGCAGAACCUGGAAGAGAGGCAAGCUGACGUGGAGUAUGAGCUGAGGUGUCUUCUCAACAAACCAGAGAAAGACUGGACGGAGGAGGACAAGAAUCGGGAGCAGGAGCUGAUGGCGGAGCUGGUUACCAUCAUUGAGCAACGCAACCAAAUAGUCAACAACAUGGACCAGGACAGGCAGAGGGAAGAAGAGGAGGAUAAACUUAUGGAAGCCAUGCUGAAGAAAAAAGACUUCCAUAAGGAACCGGAGGUCGACCAGCCGAAGAAAAAAGGGGCAAAGUUCAAACCCAUUAAGGUGCUCAAGCGUCUGAGCCAUAAAGCAGAACCAGGGAAGAGCCCCCGCAAGGAGAAAGCACCGUAGAAAGACAAAUAGACAAAUUCUCCUCCAAGAGGAUACGAGACUGUUUUAACAAGACUAAGGCAGAUAAAAAAAAGAAUAUGGGGAAAGAAAAGCAUCGAACCAAGAACAUAAGACGAGGUCUCCUUUAACUGUGUCCUUAAUGACUUGGAAGUGCGACUCAGAUUCCACUCCCUGCUCACAUCUUACUUGAUGCUUGUCCAAAAAAGUUUCUGUAGUGACUAUUUUCAGUUGCCUUUGUGUGUUUUUAAAGAGACAGUUCAACAACUCAGCUGACAUGUUUGUCAGCUCUCUGACCGCUCAAGCUAGUGAAAUGUACAGGGGGUUUCUAGAUUACUGCGCUGAUGUGUUGUUGCUUCAUUAUCCAUGCACUGCACAGCAUAUGUCCUCUAUAGGCCUUUAUCAAGGGGCAGCAAAGGUGUCACUCAACAGUUCGCUUUGAAUGACGGCAGAUUGAUGCAAGCUGAGCCCUGAUAUCUGAGUUUUUAAUCUGUUUUAACUAGGGUUGUCACCAUACUAAAAUGUUCAACUUGAUGCCGAUACUCAGGAAAUUAUUCGAUACUCGGACAAGGAUAAAAACAAAGACCCCAAAAUUUAACAGAAAUAUUUUUAUUAACAAGAAAAAAACAAAAGCACAGCUUAAAUAUUUAUAAUAAAAAACAGUUGUGCAAAAAGAAACUGCAACUAUGAUAACAAGCUUCAGAUACUCGAUACUUUUGAAAAUGAGUAUCGUAUCCGGAUACAACGUUUUAGUAUCGAUACUUUUUUGAGUAUCGACACUUUUGACAACCCUAGUUUUAACUGACUCACUCAUUGUAUAGCUGUCUCCUCUGCUCCUCAAUUCCAAAGGUCAGAUAUCUGAGAUUUCAUGUCUGGUUUGAGCCUGUGGUACGAGUGAAAGUAAAACUUUUUUUUUAAUAAGAUGAGCUCUGCUUUAAAUCUUGCAACAUCUACCCUUGAAAUGCUCGAUCGACAAUGGAUACCUAAGCUCUUCUAGCUGCUAUGUUAUGAUUGUCUGUGGUUUCCUUGUUUUUAAGUUUCCUCUGUGAUAGUUUUGCGAUGGUGUCGUUUGUGUAAAUGCAUAUCAUCACAGAAAAGGACAAACAUAGAUACAGUAUUAACAGGUGUUUGACUGGAAAGACUCAAAGAUGGUCAGAUAGAUUUAGAAAAUUAGAAGUCUGGAGGUGAGCAUUGUAGAAAGCAUUCAACUGCAGAAUGUUUAUUAAUAUAAAAAGGUCACACAUGCAAUAAUGAAUAUUAGAAAAAAGCAGAUAUACAGUAUUUUAACAACUGUAGAGAAAAGCACCAGCUUAUAACAGUUUUAACCAGUGGGGGAAACCUGAAUAUGCAAUCAUUAAUUUAUAUUUUACUAUGCCUUUCUGUAUGUUUCCAUGUUUUGCCUUAAAGGUGUAAAAAAAUGUGUUCAUAUUGUUUGUACGAGUGCCAUUUAUUUAAUUGGAUAUGUGGAUGGGCGUCAUGUGUUUGAGCUAAUGUAAAUGUCGAUAUGUUUACUCAUUCUGUUCCUGUUCUGUCAGAUUGUCUAUUUGUUUCCAUUUUAAGUCUCUGUUGUGUUUCUGCUCUGUGCCUGUCUUCCUGUCCAGCUGAACCUUAAGGGCUUCUGUAGCGCCACAUUUCUAUCUGCUAUCAUUGUCCUAAAAACAGCAGCAGGAUUCUAAAAAAUACUGACACUGGAAGGCAGAGGAAUAAAAUAACUUAAUGCAA